CAAAAGCAGAUGAUUUGGUGUGGGGGGUGUAUACCCACUGUGAAUUUUUAGUACCAUGAGCCAUUUGCGCUGAAGCACACUGCAACAUGCACUGAUGCGUUUCCAGGAUUGAGGCGUUGCAGACAAAGUACUCCUGUGACAGAGGCACCACAUAUAUCAACACUUGACCCAGAUAUUGAAGACAGUGAUGGUGACUGGAGGUGUCUGUCAAGGCUACAUGUCCCAGACCAAGGAACUAGACUGCAAUCAGCUGCUAUGUCAGACAGCGAAUCAGGACAGAAACGUUCACGACAACGACUGAAACGUUCAGGACGUCCAGGAACUAGACUGCAGUCAGCUGCUGCUCUGUCAGACAGCGAAUCAGGACAGAAACGUUCAGGACGUCCAGACUGCAGUCAGCUGCUGCUCUGUCAGACAGCGAAUCAGGACAAAAACGUUCAGGACAGCGACAGAAACGUUCAGGACGUCCAGGAACUAGACUGCAGUCAGAUGCUGCUCUGUCAGACAGCGAAUCAGGACAGAAACGUUCAGGAUGUCCAGGAACUCAGCUGCUGCUCUGUCAGACAGCGAAUCAGGACUGAAACGUUCAGGACAAGGACAAAAAUGUUCAGGCUCAGCUCAUGGUAUAAGAGGUAUAAAUGU